CAUUUUGGUACAUCUACUGUCUCUUUCGAAGCAAAAGAAAUGAAAAUUCUUGUUCACAUUCUGGCUUUUUUGGCCGUCGCUUUUGCAAUUCAAGCGGAUCGUGCUCAUCGACGCCACCAUUAUAACUCCGAAAAGCUUGGAUACAAUGCGCAACCUACUGAAGUUUACGUUAAUAAGACACCAUCUCAGAACGGACUCAAACCGUUAAGCGAAACAGCUAGACAAUGCAUUUCAGGUCAAACCUCCCAGAAUGGACACAGUGGAGAGUCCAAUUCUAAUGAGUUGUCGAAUGAAUCUGAUCCGUCAGAAAGCAAUUCAGCAGAAAACUUAAAAUCUCCUGGACCACCCCAGGAUGGAAACGUCAAGCUAAGUGAUAUACCUAUAAGUGAACCCACUGAAGAUUAUAGUUUAAGUGAAACAUCUCCGAGUGGUAUCAGUACUGAAACGCAGACUCCGGAAUCGUCGAGUGAGUAUAGACAGUUUACAAGAGACCCAGCUGGAAAAGUCAAAUCUAGUGGACCGCCAAUGAAUAAAAACCUCAAGCCAAAUGACGAACCUAUGAGUGUGACCACUGAAGAAUAUACUUCAAGUAAACCAUUCCCAAGUGAUAUCGUUACACAGUCCCAGUCUGCCGAAUCAUCAAAUGAGAAUUGGCAGGCAACAAAUGACCCAGCUGGAGAAUUCGAAAAUAGUGGACCACCUUUGGAUGGAAGCGUAAAUCCAAGUAAUGGACCUGUGAAUGUAACCACUGAAGAAUACAGUUCAAGAAAAACAUCUCCGACCGGUAUCGGUACAGAGUCUCACUUAACUAAGUCCUUUAGUAAAUAUAGAAAAUCUACAAAGGGUCCAGUUGGAAAAUUCAAAUCAAGUAGCCCACCCCCGAAUAGAAACGUUAAGCCGAGUGAAGUUCCAGUAAGUAAAACCACUAUACAAUUUAGUUCAAGUAAACCAUCUCUACAUUCUACUAAGUCCGCAAGUAAAUAUAGGCAUUCGACACGGGUUCCAGCUAGAAAAUUCCAAUCUAGUGGACCAUCAAUACAUAAAAAUCUCAAGCCAAAUAAUGAACCUAUGAGUGUGACCACUGAAGAAUACAGUUCAAGUAAACCAUUUCCAAGUGAUAUCGUUACACAGUCCCAGUCUUCCGAAUUAUCGAAUGAGGACUGGCAGGCGACAAAUGACCCAGCUGGAGAAUUCGAAAAUAGUGGACCACCUUUGGAUGGAAGCGUUAAGCCAAGUGAUGGACCUAUGAGUGUAACCACUAGAGAAUAUAGUUUAAGAAAAACAUCUCCGACCGGUAUCGGUGAAGAAUCUCACUCAACUAAGUCCUCCAGUAAAUAUAGACAAUCGAAAAGGGAUCCAGUUGGAAAAUUCAAAUAUAGUGAACCACCAUUGAAUAGAAACGUUAAAUCGAGUGAAAUUCCAGGAAGUGAAACCACUAUACAAUAUAGUUCAAGUAAGCCAUCUCUACAUUCUACUAAGUCCGCAAGUAAAUAUAGGCAUUCGACACGGGUUCCAGCUAGAAAAUUCCAAUCUAGUGGACCAUCAAUACAUAAAAAUCUCAAGCCAAAUAAUGAACCUAUGAGUGUGACCACUGAAGAAUACAGUUCAAGUAAACCAUUCCCAAGUGAUAUCGUUACACAGUCCCAGUCUUCCGAAUUAUCGAAUGAGGACUGGCAGGCGACAAAUGACCCAGCUGGAGAAUUCGAAAAUAGUGGACCACCUUUGGAUGGAAGCGUUAAGCCAAGUGAUGGACCUAUGAGUGUAACCACUAAAGAAUAUAGUUUAAGAAAAACAUCUCCGACCGGUAUCGGUGAAGAAUCUCACUCAACUAAGUCCUCCAGUAAAUAUAGACAAUCGAAAAGGGAUCCAGUUGGAAAAUUCCAAUAUAGUGAACCACCAUUGAAUAGAAACGUUAAAUCGAGUGAAAUUCCAGGAAGUGAAACCACUAUACAAUAUAGUUCAAGUAAACCAUCUCUACAUUCUACUAAGUCCGCAAGUAAAUAUAGGCAUUCGACACGGGUUCCAGCUAGAAAAUUCCAAUCUAGUGGACCAUCAAUACAUAAAAAUCUUAAGCCAAAUAAUGAACCUAUGAGUGUGACCACUGAAGAAUACAGUUCAAGUAAACCAUUCCCAAGUGAUAUCGUUACACAGUCCCAGUCUUCCGAAUUAUCGAAUGAGGACUGGCAGGCGACAAAUGACCCAGCUGGAGAAUUCGAAAAUAGUGGACCACCUUUGGAUGGAAGCGUUAAGCCAAGUGAUGGACCUAUGAGUGUAACCACUAAAGAAUAUAGUUUAAGAAAAACAUCUCCGACCGGUAUCGGUGAAGAAUCUCACUCAACUAAGUCCUCCAGUAAAUAUAGACAAUCGAAAAGGGAUCCAGUUGGAAAAUUCAAAUAUAGUGAACCACCAUUGAAUAGAAACGUUAAAUCGAGUGAAAUUCCAGGAAGUGAAACCACUAUACAAUAUAGUUCAAGUAAACCAUCUCUACAUUCUACUAAGUCCGCAAGUAAAUAUAGGCAUUCGACACGGGUUCCAGCUAGAAAAUUCCAAUCUAGUGGACCAUCAAUACAUAAAAAUCUUAAGCCAAAUAAUGAACCUAUGAGUGUGACCACUGAAGAAUACAGUUCAAGUAAACCAUUCCCAAGUGAUAUCGUUACACAGUCCCAGUCUUCCGAAUUAUCGAAUGAGGACUGGCAGGCGACAAAUGACCCAGCUGGAGAAUUCGAAAAUAGUGGACCACCUUUGGAUGGAAGCGUUAAGCCAAGUGAUGGACCUAUGAGUGUAACCACUAAAGAAUAUAGUUUAAGAAAAACAUCUCCGACCGGUAUCGGUGAAGAAUCUCACUCAACUAAGUCCUCCAGUAAAUAUAGACAAUCUAAAAGGGAUCCAGUUGGAAAAUUCAAAUAUAGUGAACCACCAUUGAAUAAAAACGUUAAAUCGAGUGAAAUUCCAGGAAGUGAAACCACUAUACAAUAUAGUUCAAGUAAACCAUCUCUACAUUCUACUAAAUCCGCAAGUAAAUAUAGGCAUUCGACACGGGUUCCAGCUAGAAAAUUUCAAUUUAGUGGACCACCAAUGAAUAAAAAUCUCAAGCCAAAUAGUGAACCUAUGAGUAUGACCACUGAAGAAUACAGUUCAAGUAAACCAUUCCCAAGUGAUAUCGUUACACAGUCCCAGUCUUCCGAAUCAUCGAAUGAGAAUUGGCAGGCGACAAAUGACCCAGCUGGAGAAUUCGAAAAUAGUGGAGCACCUUUGGAUGAAAGCGUUAAGUCAAGUGAUGGACCUAUGAGUUUAACCACUACACAAUUUAGUUCAAGUAGUCCAUCUCCACAUUUUACUAAGUCCGCGAGUAAAUAUAAGCAUUCGUUAAGGGACCCAGUUAGAAAAUUCGAAUCCAAUGGACCACCCUUGAAUGGAAACGUGAAGCCAAGUGAUGUACCUGUAAGUCAAACUACUGUACAAGUCAGUUCAAGUAAAUCAUCUUCUUAUUCUACUAAAUCCUCGAGUAAAUAUAGGCAUUCGAUAAAGAACCCAACUAGAAAAUUCCAAAAUAGCAGACCACCCCUGAAUGGAAACCUUAAGCCAGGUGAUGUACCUGUGGCUGAAACCACUGAACAAUUCAGUUUAAGUAAAAAAUCUCGAAAUAGUAACGGUGCAGGAUCCUAUCUUGCUCAGCCCUCAAGUGAAUAUCGGCCGGCCAUGAGGGACCCAUCUGGAAAAUUCGAAUCUAGAGGACAACCCGUGGAUGAAAAUGUCAGCUCAAGUGAAGAACCUGCUAGUGAACCCGCUGAACAAUUCAAUUCAAGUGAAAUUUCUCUGAGUAAUAUCGGUGUAGAAUCCAAUUCUAAUGAAACGUCGAAUGAAAUUAAUCAGCCGAUAAGUGAAUCAGCUGGACAAUACGUAUUGAUGAGACAACCCUUCGAUGAAAACGCCAUUUCAAAUAAAGAACUUAUCAGUCAACCCGCUGAACAGUUCAAUUCAAAUGAAAUUUCUCUGAGUAAUAUCGGUGUAGAAUCCAAUUCUAAUGAAACGUCGAAUGAAAUUAAUCAGCCGAUAAGUGAAUCAGCUGGACAAUACGUAUUGAUGAGACAACCCUUCGAUGGAAACGUCAUUUCAAAUAAAGAACUUAUCAGUCAACCCGCUGAACAAUUCAAUUCAAAUGAAACCUUUGCGAGUGGUGUCGGUGUAGUAUCCAAUUAUAAUGAGCCCUCAAGUGAAAUUUAUCAGUCGAUAAAUGAAUCACCUGGAAAAUUCGUAUUAAUAAGACAUCACCUCAAUGGAAAAGUCAGUUCAGGUGAAGAAUCUGUGAAUGAAGUUGCUGAACCAUUCAUUUCAGGUGAAAUAUUUCUUAGUGGUAUCGGUGGACAGUCCAAUUCCAAUGAGUCCUCGAGUGAAAUUUAUCAGUCGAUAAAUGAAUCACCUAGAAAAUUCGUAUUAAUAAGACAUCACCUCAAUGGAAAAGUCAGUUCAGGUGAAGAAUCUGUGAAUGAAGUUGCUGAACCAUUCACUUCAGGUGAAAUAUUUCUUAGUGGUAUCGGUGGACAGUCCAAUUCUAAUGAGUCCUCGAGUGAAAGUUAUCUGCCGAUAAGGGAAUCAGCUGGAAAAUUUGUAUUAAUAAGACAUCACCUCAAUGGAAAAGUCAGUUCAGGUGAAGAAUCUGGGAAUGAAGUCGCUGAACCAUUCACUUCAGGUGAAAUAUUUCUUAGUGGUAUCGGUGGACAGUCCAAUUCUAAUGAGUCCUCGAGUGAAAGUUAUCUGCCGAUAAGGGAAUCAGCUGAAAAAUUCAUAUUUAUAAGACGAAUCCUCGAUGUAAACGUCAGUUCAAGCGAAAAAUCUAUGAGUGAAUCCGAUGAACAAUUUCCUCAAGGUGAAAUAUUUCUUAGCGGUAUCGGUGUAGAAUCCAAUUCUAAUGAGUCCUCGGGUGAAAAUAAUCUGCUGAUAAACGAAUCACCUGAAAUUGUAGAAUCUAGUGGACAAUCCUUGGAUGGUAUCGUUUUAAACAUUGUUCCAAGUGAUGUACCUAUAAGUAUACCCCCUGAAAUAUUCCUUCGAAUCCCGAUGUCAAUUAAUGGAUACGCUGCAGAAUCCAAUUAUAAUGUAAAUAAGGUUGGUAGAUUUUGGCCAUCACUAAGCGAACCAGGUGGAAAAUUGAAAUCUAGUGAACAAUACUUCGAUGGAAUUGUUGAAAACGUAAAUCUAAGUGAUUUGAAUGUGAGUGAACCCGUUGAAAAAUUCUCUCUAAUUCCGAUACCAAUUAGUGGGUAUACUCCAGAUCCCAAUUAUGAAGUACAUAACUUUAGUGAAUUUUGGACGGCAGUAAGCGAACCGGCAGAAAAUUUUGAAUCUAGUGGACAACCCUUGGAUGAAAUCAUUUUGAACGUCAGUCCAAGUGAUUUAUAUAUGAGUGAACCCGUUGAAACAUUCUCUCCAACCCCAAUGCCAAUUAGUGAAUACGCUGCAGAACCUAAUUAUAAUGUACAUAACUUUGAUGGAUUUUGGCCAUCACUUAGACAUCAUCGAAAGUUUAGAGAGGGCUAAUUAUCAUAACACUUUAUUAUAAGUAAAGAAUAAAACGUUCUAGAAGACAUUAUUUUCAAUGAUAGAGAAGAAUAAAUGUAGUUAUAAUUGUAGCUUCGAUGGUGACAUGCACGUGUAUUAAUUGUACUUUGAAUAUCGAAAUAAAUUUUGUCAGAUUACUUAAAA